UAAAUAAACUUUGUUAUUAAAAUUUUCUUCAUUUGAUCUUUCAAAACCAAUCAUUUGAUCAAAAUUCUUAUAUAAACCCACCCCUUUUCAUCUUUUACCAUCUGCAACAAUCCCUUAAAAGGGUUUUGAGAUUUCUCAUAAUGAAUGUUGACAACAUAUUCAUCCCAUUCUUCCUUUGUUUCUCUAUUCUUUCACUAGAUUUCCCUCUACAAUCAUCAGGCUUACGCAAAAUGGGAUCGUCGGUGAUCAGAUUGCCGAAUGAUAAAUCCUAUCGUCAGCAUUCUUUUGAUCCAUCUCGGGUCACCCAAAUUUCAAGGCAUCCAAGGGCAUUCUUAUACAGAAACUUUUUAACAGAUGAAGAGUGUGAUCAUCUCAUUGAAGUGGCAAGGGAUAAGCUACAGAAAUCAAUGGUUGCUGACUCUAAAACUGGUAAAAGCAUAGAAAGCACGGUCCGUACCAGCAAGGGCAUGUUUAUUAGGAAAGCUCAGGAUGAAGUGAUUGCUAGUAUUGAAUCAAGGAUUACCGUAUGGACAUUCCUUCCUCUAGAAAACGGGGAGGCGAUACAGGUAUUGCAGUAUGAAAAAGGUCAAAAAUACUUGCCGCACUGGGAUUACUUCCAAGAUAAGGCCAAUCAGGCAUUAGGUGGUCACAGGAUAGCAACUGUACUUAUGUAUUUAUCUAAUGUUGAGAAAGGUGGCGAGACGAUAUUCCCUAAUUCAGAAAUGAAAGAAUCUCAACUCAAAACUGAUGAAGACUCUGAGUGUGCAAAAAAGGGUUAUGCUGUCAAACCCAAGAAGGGUGAUGCUCUAUUGUUUUUUAGUCUUCAUCCUAACGCUACAAUCGACCCAACGAGCUUGCAUGGGAGCUGCCCUGUUAUAGCGGGUGAGAAAUGGUUGGCAACCAAAUGGAUUCAUGUCAGGAGUUUUGAUCGUAAACGGGUUAGUGCAAGUAGAAAAGAAAGACUGCAGGGAGGAAACCCUCAAUCGAUCUGAAUCAGCUGUUUGUGGUGAAUGCAACAAUAAAUGGUCCCUAUAAGAUUGACUCUAGUGAUAGCUCUGAAAAUUGUAGGAAGAGCUUAGUUUUGCAUACAUUUUUAUGGUAGUUAUUGUGUUCUUUGCUUCUACAUAACUUUUUUGUAUAGAACUUACAUUUAUGUUUAUGGUAGUUAUUAUGUU